AUGGGGGAUGACAAGAAUUUUUGUCCAGAACCCAACAGUAAACGUCGAAAAUUAGAAAACGAAUCAGAUUUGUGCUCAGACGGUGCAGAAAGUCAGUCCUCGGGUGAAGACCAGAGUACAGGAACCAAGAUCGGCAGUAAAAGAUCGUCUUCAGUGUUAUCGGAUACUAAACCUCCAAGGAUGUCUGCGAAUGCCAGAGAAAGAGACAGAACUCAUUCUGUGAAUUCAGCAUUUGUGACCUUACGGACUAUGAUUCCGACGGAACCAGCAGAUCGAAAAUUAUCUAAAAUCGAAGUGUUAAGACUAUCGGCAAGUUACAUAGCUCAUUUAAAUACAUUAUUAAUGGUCGGAUCAGAAUAUGUAGAUCAGCCAUGUAUCAAACAUCAAGCUAUGAUGAGGGGAUCACUAGGUGUCGACGCCAUGCCUAAACCAGUUUGUACAUUUUGCCUUAGUGCCUCAAGACAUAGGACGACAUAUACUGAUUGCGAAUGCGAAUUCACCACCGCAUUUGAAAAGCACUAUUGUGUCGCUUACAUGCCUAAAAACCAGUUUGACGAUUGGCUUUAA